AUGAAACUAUUGAUGAUACGAACGAAGAACAACAUUCUUGGGAAACGCCGUAGAAAAAUGCAUUACACGCAUGCGAUUGUUGUUCGUAUACCGGACCAUGUAAAAAUGGAAAAGAAAACGAAGCUCGAUUUGCAGCUGGCACGAAAACAACGUGAAGAAAUUGCUGGCAUGCUUCGGGAGAAAUUCCAAAUGCUUCACGGACCGAUUGGAAUGAUUGGCGUGGCUGCUGGCGAAUUGGUUAAAAUAGGGAGUCCGGUUUCACGUUUUUUUCUAAUGACUGCGAAAAUUAAGGCUCUCAAAUCGCUGUGGUAA